AUGGCAGCAAUGAUCAGCGUUGACUUUCAAGACUGUAUCUUCAUUUUAGUUCUUCUAUGUUUCUUUCUCUUCUGGUACUCUCUCUUCUUCAAGAAACCAAAAGACUCACAAGGCUUUAAUCUGCCUCCAAGCCCUCCUUCUCUUCCAAUCAUUGGUCAUCUCCACCUUCUCCUCUCUACUCUAACCCACAAGUAUCUUCAGAGAAUCUCCUCUAAGUAUGGACCUCUUCUCCAUCUACGCAUUUUCCAUGUCCCCAUCAUCCUCGUCUCCUCUGCCUCAGCGUCCUACGAGAUCUUCAGGGGGCAAGACGUGAAUGUCUCUUCUCGCAGUGAUUUUGCGAUGAAUGAUGAGUCCAUUUUCUUUGGAUCUUCCGGCUUCGUCACCGCUCCUUAUGGAGAUUACUGGAAGUUCAUGAAGAAGCUCAUUGUCACGAAGCUUCUCGGACCAAACGCAAUUGACAAGUCUCAAGGCAUCCGUGCAGAGGAGCUAGAGUUGUUUUAUAGGAACCUGCUCGAUAAGGCGAGGAAGAGUGAGAGCGUUGAGAUCCAUAAGGAAGUGAUGAAGCUUACUAACAACAUCAUUUGCAGGAUGAGCAUGGGGAGGAGUUGUUCAGAGGAGAGCCGUGAAGCAGAGAGAGUCAGGGACUUGGUUACCAAGUCACUUACCUUAACAAAAAAGGUUUUCUUGGCUAAACUGUUGCGUAGGCCUCUCAAGAUGCUUGGAAUCUCUCUGUUUGAGAAGGAGAUAACCGAUGUUUCUCGUGGGUUCGACAAGCUGCUAGAGAGGAUUCUUGUGGAGCAUGAAGAGAGACUUGAGGAGAAUCAAGAUAAGGACAUGAUGGAUUUGUUGUUGGAAGCUUAUCAUGAUGAAGAGGCAGAGUAUAAGAUCACUAGGAACCAUAUCAAGUCUUUGUUUGUGGAGAUUUUCAUGGGAGGCAGUGACACCUCGGCGCAAGCAGCAGAAUGGACAAUGGCGGAGAUCAUCAACAACCCUAACGUUCUUGACAAACUGAGAGAAGAAAUCGAUUCUGUUGUAGGGGGAACAAGAUUGAUCCAAGAAUCGGAUCUACGGAACCUCCCUUAUCUGCAAGCUGUGGUUAAGGAAGUGUUAAGGAUGCACCCGCCGUCGACUCUCUUGCCAAGGACGUUCCAAGAAAGUUGCGAGUUCAAAGAGUUCUACAUACCGGAGAAAACAAUACUUGUUGUUAAUGCUUAUGGUGUGAUGAGAGAUCCUGAUGCUUGGGAAGAUCCUGAUGAGUUUAAACCAGAGAGGUUCUUAGCUUCUUCGAGAUCAGGACUAGAAGACGAGUUAAGAGAGCAUCAACUGAAGUAUCUUCCUUUUGGAAGCGGGAGGAGGGGAUGUCCUGGAUCAAACCUAGCUUACAUUCUUGUAGGAAUCUCCGCAGGAGUGAUGGUGCAGUGCUUUGACUGGAGGAUCAAGGGAGAUAAGGUUAACAUGGAAGAGGCUGUUUCUGGGUUGAAUCUAAUCAUGGCUUAUCCUCUCAAGUGCACUCCUGUUGCUCGACUCGACCCUUUUAGCUUCUGA